AGCUGGAAUGGAUGCUCUAGGUUUAAUUUUAAAAUGUCAUCAGAGGUUCAGAAAAGAAAACUACCAUCUUCUGAUAAUUUAAAUAACGGGGAUGUCAGCAAAAAGUUAAAAUGCGAAGAUUCUAAAUGUUCUGGUGUACUUUUGUUUUCUGGACUGAGCGAUUAUGAAUUAAGAAAUGAUAAAGAUCUUAUGAAAAGUGAUGCUUUAAAGUGGUCUCCUCAUAGAUACCAGACAUUAGAUGGAAUCAAGAUUCAUACUGUUUCUUCAGGUUCUGUAUCAUAUUUUUUUUAUGCUGUAAGUGAUGAAGGCAGAGUAUAUUCAUGUGGUUUAAAUGCAAAAGGUCAACUUGGUCACGAUGAUUUAAAAAAUCGCCGAAAUCCAUGUCUGAUUGAAUCAUUAAAGGACCAUCAGAUUGAAACUGUUGCAACUGGAAGACAACAUGGUUUGUUUUUGACUAAAGAAGGUAUAGUUUUUUCAUGUGGUGAUAAUAAAAAUGGACAAUGUGGAAUUGGUAAUAAAAAAGAGGUGGUUACAGUUCCAACCCCUAUCAACUAUACUGGUCCUCCCAUUGUUCAAAUAGCCUGUGGUGGAGAGUUCAGCUUAAUACUUAAUGAGGAUGGUGUAGUUUUCUCAUUUGGUCUUCCGGAGUAUGGACAGCUCGGUUUAGGUUCUGAAAAUAAGGAAAUAAGUGCUAGGAAAGAAGUUUUUCAUUGUGAAUAUUCUCCUGUUCCCUUGACUUCUUUUGUUGAGAUAGAUCCAGAUGAAGGCGGAACAAUUUUUCUUGGUAAACCAAAAAUAACUAAAAUAGCUUGUGGUGUAAAUCAUUGCUGUGCUAUUGAUGACAAACAGCGUUUAUUUACCUGGGGGUUUGGUGGAUAUGGAAGAUUAGGCCAUAAUGACACCAAAAAUGAACUUGUUCCAAGACUCAUGAAGUGUUGGUAUCGUAUUACUGGCAGAGCUGAUGGUGGAAUAACAAAUGUUUUUUGUGGACAGCAGUUUACUAUUGUCCAAACUAUUGUUCCAAAAUGUGCUCUUCUUUUUGGUCAGCAAGCCACUAAUAAAGAGGCAAACAUGUAUCCAAAGUUUAUUGACGAUCUAAAUGGAUGGGAUGUAAAGCAUAUUUCUUGUAAUCAAUCUGGCUAUAUAGUGUGUGCAGAUGAUAAAGUUAUUGCAUCACAACCUAGCCCGUGCUAUGGAACAUUAGCCAUGGGACCAACAGUUAAAUCAUCUGCAGCACCAAAAAUAAUUACCACAUUAAAAGAUGUUGUAUGUUUUCAGACUGGUGUUGGAUACAUGCAUUCCUUAUACUUAGUUCGUUGCGAGAAAGAAAGCGAUUUAAAAGCAAUUGAAAACUUUCCUCUAGUAGAAUUUGAAGAUUCUAAUGAAGCAAAAAAUAUGCCAGAUAAAUCAAAACCAGAAAAGAAAAAAACUGCAGCUAAGAAAAAACCAGCUGCAAAAGUAAAGAAAGGCAAAAAAUAAAAAUUUUGUUCUUUUUUUUUAUUAUGUAUUUAUAAACAUUUUUGUUUUAAAACUUUUUAUGACUAAAAAAAAAUUAAUCAUAUUUA